AUGAUCCCCCUCAAAGUUCACGUGUUUCCUUCAGCCGAAGUCUUUCUUCAAGCUUACCAAACAUAUCUGGGAAACGAUGAAGAAACCCCACUGACUGUUCCCGCCGCAGAUGUUGCAGUCGAUAACGGAGCGGUGGAUGUUGUCGUGGGCGGAUUGAUGGAUACAUUUCGCCGGGUCAAAUCGCAUCCGUCUGGCGACGUCGCACAAGGCGUAUCGAUCAUCCUUUCCUCCAUAGCUUUGCCCGCACACCGGGAUGCUGAAGAAGACAUUGAAAUCGAUGUCAUUCGGCAUACCCCGUACCUUCAUGGCGCAUUGGAGAUCAAAGGCUCAAUCCUAAUGAUGAUCGGUGCGCCAAACGCUGACACUUAUCAUAUGGCGACGCCCAACUCGAAGAGGCAUCUCCAACCUUGGCUUGCACAACCACGAGUGAUGGAUUCAAUCGUCACCGCUCUUAGAGCCAUCAACGCACCUCCCAUGCGCUCAGUAUAUGCCCCCGAGCGACUCGCCUCCGCACUCGUUGCCGCCUGGGGAGAGUCAAACGAGCCAAUGCUGGCUCCCUGCGAACAACCAUCUCUCACAACACGUCUCGCUCUCACUACGGCCUCUACAUGCCAUGCGGCUGGCCAACAGGCGUUGUUCAAUACGGAAGACGAGUUGCGUGUGGUCGAUAUUGUCACGCUUCGCACAGAGAUCGACGAAGUCGACAUGAAGAGACUGGUGGAGGCACUUGUCGAGUUUGUUUGCAGCUUCUUUGGGUCCACAGUCGAGCAAAGUGAGCAAAUUGCACGAAAGAUGAUUCAAGAGGUUCUGGACGCAGACGAAGCAGGCAGGCUAUGGCUCUGCGUAUCCAAACCCCAACUCAAUCCACCAAACAUGGGCAGGACUGACAUCAACAUACAUGGGCAAUUGAAUCCACCGACGGCGAGCAAUGAUGGGCUCAGCCUGUCAGGCUACGUUUAUACCGGACGACAAACUGCGGGCACAAUUGCAAUCCGAAACGUCUUUACAAGUCCAGAGAAACGUGGCAAGGGGAUCGCAGCCCGUUUGGUCCAUGCGGCCAGUCGAUGGUGGCUCGUGAGCGCCGACGAGAAGAAAAGGAAAGGUGCCGUGUCUCUUUUUGUGGAGCCGACCAAUCAACCAGCGACUCGAGCAUACUUGCGGAGUGGGUUUGUCAUUCAGGAUGAGAUUUGGAUCCGCAAGGGCUUCGAGGGGGUCGAGAUGGGCGCUUUCUGA